CACACACACACACACACUUUUUCUCUCAGUCAGCAACCAUGAGCAGCAACAAGAAGCGACCGGCACAACAGCCACCAGUGACACCGCAGCCACCGCCGAAGCACCACGCGGCUGCGGUAGAAGACGAUUACAUCGACGAAGAUGUUUUCAUUGACGAAGCCCUACUUGAUGAAGAUGAACUCAUUCUUCGCGAUAUGCAAGAUCGUGAAGCGCUCGCCAAUCGCCUCAAUAAAUGGAAGCGCCCGCCUUUACGCCCCGGUUAUAUCUCUCAGUCCGAGAAUAUAGUUUUUCAACAAUUGGAGAUUGAUUGUGUGAGCAAGGAGGAGGGCAACAAAGGGAUGAUUCCUAAUUCAUCUGGUCCUGCUACUAUUAUCAGAAUUUUCGGUGUUACUACUGAAGGGAAUAGUGUAUGCUGUAAUGUUCAUGGAUUUGAACCGUAUUUCUAUAUUAGCUGCCUUCCAGGGAUGGGCCCUGAUGACAUAUCUCGCUUUCAUCAAGUUCUUGAGGGGAGAAUGAGGGAAGCCAACAGGAAUAAGUAUCCCAAGUUCAUUCUUCGUAUGGAGCUAGUUCAGAAAAAGAGUAUCAUGUACUAUCAGCAGCAUAGUUCUCAGCCUUUUCUUAAAAUAGUUGUUGCAUUGCCGUCAAUGGUUGCUACUUGCCGUGGAAUUCUUGACAAAGGUGUACAACUUGACGGUUUUGGUAUGAAAAGCUUCAUGACAUAUGAGAGUAAUGUUACUUUUGUUCUCCGCUUUAUGGUUGAUUGCAAAAUCAGUGGUGGCAAUUGGAUUGAAAUUCCAGCUCACAAAUACAAGAAGACAGCAAAGAGUCUUUCAUACUCUCAGCUAGAGUUUGAUUGUCUUUAUUCAGAUCUGAUUAGCCAUGUUCCAGAAGGAGAAUUUUCAAAAAUGGCUCCAUUUCGCAUAUUGAGUUUUGACAUCGAGUGUGCUGGCCGGAAGGGCAUUUUUCCUACGGCUAAAGUUGAUCCUGUUAUUCAGAUCGCAAACCUGGUCACGCUGCAGGGAGAGGAACAGCCGUUUGUGAGAAAUGUUAUGACCUUAAAGUCAUGUUCUCCAAUAGUUGGUGUUGAUGUGAUGUCAUUUGACACAGAAAGAGAAUUUUUGCUGGCUUGGAGGGAUUUUGUUCGCGAGAUUGAUCCAGAUAUCCUAAUUGGUUAUAACAUUUGCAACUUUGACUUUCCCUAUCUUAUUGAGAGGGCAGAAACAUUAGGGAUAACUGAAUUUCCUAUACUGGGUCGCAUCAGAACUACCAGGGCUCGCGUGAAGGAUACAAAUUUUUCGUCAAGACAAUAUGGUACAAGGGAUAGUAAAGAAGUUCUGCUGGAAGGGAGAGUUCAGUUUGAUUUACUUCAGGCUAUGCAAAGGGAUUAUAAAUUAAGUUCAUACUCGCUAAAUUCUGUUUCAGCUCAUUUUCUUAAUGAGCAGAAAGAGGAUGUUCAUCAUUCAAUUAUAUCUGACCUUCAGAAUGGCAAUCCUGAGACAAGACGGAGAUUGGCUGUAUAUUGUCUUAAGGAUGCUUAUCUCCCUCAACGGUUGUUGGACAAGUUAAUGUACAUCUACAAUUAUGUGGAGAUGGCUCGUGUCACUGGUGUUCCCAUAUCAUAUCUUCUUGCUAGAGGACAGAGCAUCAAGGUACUUUCUCAACUUCUAAGGAAAGCAAAAGAGAAGAAUCUAGUGCUUCCCAAUGUGAAGCAAGCAGGAUCUGAACAAGGGACAUAUGAAGGUGCAACUGUUUUGGAACCCAGACCAGGAUUUUAUGAGAAGCCAAUUGCUACAUUGGAUUUUGCAUCUUUAUAUCCGUCAAUCAUGAUGGCAUAUAACUUAUGCUACUGCACUCUAGUGACUAAUGAAGAUGUUCGGAAACUUAACCUUCCACCUGAAUGCGUCAACAAAACUCCCUCGGGUGAAACAUUUGUCAAAUCAAAUUUGCAGAAGGGUAUACUUCCAGAAAUUCUUGAAGAACUCUUAGCUGCUCGUAGGAGGGCUAAAGCAGAUUUAAAAGAGGCCAAGGAUCCACUAGUGAAGGCUGUUUUGGAUGGUCGACAGCUGGCUUUGAAGAUUAGUGCAAAUUCGGUCUAUGGGUUUACAGGAGCUACCAUUGGCCAAUUACCGUGUUUAGAGAUAUCCUCAAGUGUCACGAGCUAUGGCCGACAGAUGAUUGAACACACAAAAAGACUUGUCGAAGAUAAAUUCACGACGCUUGGGGGAUAUGAACAUAAUGCUGAGGUGAUAUAUGGGGAUACAGAUUCAGUUAUGGUUCAAUUUGGUGUGCCCACUGUGGAUGAAGCCAUGAAACUAGGUAGGGAAGCUGCUGAUUACAUUAGUGGGACUUUCAUCAAGCCUAUCAAACUAGAAUUUGAAAAGGUUUAUUUCCCGUAUCUACUGAUCAGCAAAAAAAGGUAUGCUGGUCUCUAUUGGACAAAUCCAGAGAAAUAUGACAAGAUGGAUACAAAGGGUAUUGAAACAGUUCGAAGGGACAACUGUCUAUUAGUAAAAAAUCUGGUGAACGAGUGUCUUCAUAAAAUACUAAUAGACAGAGACAUACCAGGAGCCGUUCAGUAUGUCAAGAAUACCAUUUCGGAUCUGCUUAUGAAUCGCAUGGAUUUAUCUCUUCUGGUUAUUACGAAGGGACUGACAAAAACAGGAGGGGAUUAUGAAGUCAAGACAGCACAUGUUGAACUCGCAGAGAGAAUGAAAAAGCGAGAUGCAGCUACGGCUCCACAUGUUGGUGAUAGAGUACCAUAUGUCAUUAUCAAAGCUGCCAAAGGUGCUAAGGCGUAUGAGAAGUCUGAGGACCCAAUAUAUGUUUUGGAAAACAAUAUACCCAUAGAUCCUCAAUACUACCUUGAAAACCAGAUAAGCAAGCCACUGUUGAGGAUAUUUGAACCCAUCAUGAAGAAUGCUAGUAGAGAACUUCUCCAUGGAAGUCACACUAGAGCUAUUUCCAUCUCUACCCCAUCAACUGGCGGGAUAAUGAAGUUUGCAAAGAAGCAACUAAGCUGUGUUGGCUGCAAAGCUUUAAUCAGUAAUAAAGAUCAGACACUUUGCUCACAUUGCAAGGGAAGAGAAGCUGAACUUUAUUGUAAAUCCAUAGCUAAUGUAUCCGAGUUAGAGAAGCUUUUCGGUAGGUUAUGGACACAGUGCCAAGAGUGCCAAGGAUCUCUUCAUCAAGAUGUCUUAUGCACAAGUCGGGAUUGCCCAAUAUUCUAUCGGAGGAAGAAAGCACAGAAGGACAUGGCUGAAGCCAAAGUCCAGUUAGAUCGAUGGAACUUUUAGUAUUUUUCAAAGGUUGCAGAACAGGUACAUUGUAUUCAUUCAGCUCAGAUGAAUUUUAAUCUCUAUAUCUCCUUAAAGAAACUCAAGAACCACACGAGUAUCUCCAGAGUGUUCUGAACUAGGAAGGAAAAAAUGAAAUUUUGCACUCUGACAGCUUCUGAAUAUUGAUGCAAAGAAGCUAGAGAUUCUUUCAUUGUUUUGCUACUGAAGCCGUGAAGGUGCGUGGGAAGCGGAUAGAAAUAUAGGAUAAGUAUCAAGUCUAAAAGUUGUCAUCUUACCCAAUGUUUGAGCCAACUGUCAUCACUUGUAACCAUGUAAGCGUACUAAACAUCAGGUUAUGGUACGCUCGUAAGGCUGGUUUUGUUUACAAAAUUCCAGAUGAUAGUUUGUCAGUGUAUAGGCUCUUGAGUUCUUGUUAUGGUAUUUUGGAUUAUCUGACAAAAAAAUGUAUUAUUGUUGUAACAAGUGUAAUUCAAGUCUACUAAAUUACUCAUUUGAAUCA